AUGUUAAAUAAUGAAUUAAAUGAGUUUGUUAAGAAAGCUUAUAAACACAAUUUAUUGAGUAAUAUAAUUUUAUAUAUACUUCAAAGCUCCUUUAAUAAGUAAGUUAAAGAUAAGAAGUUAAAUAACAAGUGUAUCUGUAAGUAAAGAUUAAAGUAAGAAACAAUCAAGAAAAGAAACAAAAACAAUUGAAAAUAUUUAACAAUAAAAAAUUAGUGAAGAAUACACUGGUAGAAGUAGUUCUAAACUAUCCAGCUCUAUUUUGAUACGACAAGAAAGAAGAAAUACAUAAUCACCUUAAAAAUUGAUGAGAAUUUUAUCAAUUUCUUAAGAGGAUGUACCUCAAUAAUUAGCAGAUGUUUUGGGGGAAAUUAGUAAAAUUGAAAUGGAAACAGAUAUCAAAUUAAGAUGUAGAACAAUAUAGGUUAGAAAUAUAAGGAUAAAAAAAUAAUAAUUAGUUAAGUAUUUACAAAGACAUUACCCUGAUAUCAUAUGUGAUUAAAUUGCAAAAGUAUUAAAAAUACCUCAAAUUCUAAGCUUUAAUUAAUAUUAAUAAUGGAUAUAGAAAAUAGAAAAUUUAGAUUUAAAAUAGUAAAUCCGUCUAUGUUUUCUUGUUUAUGAUAUAAAUAAUUAAGGAGAGAUAACUACUAAUAAUUUAGUUGAACUAUUAAAAUAUAAUACUAAUCCAUCAAUUGAAUUAGAUAUCCUUCACAUGAUAAAAUAAACAAAAGCUUAGAUUUCUAAUCAAAUAAAUAAUGAUAUUAAACAAAUGAAUUCUUAUACUUUGCCACUUAGUGUUUUGAGAGUCAAAUUAGAUCAAAGUGUAAUUUUAUAAUAAAGAAGAUAAUCUGUAAUAUCAAAUGAUGGUAGAGGUAGACUUUUUGGUAAAGUAAGUUAAAGGAAUUCGUUUGAUCUAAAUAUGGAAAUUGAUUAGGAUUGUUAAAAUCAUCCUAAGAAUACUCCUACAAAAAAGAAGGUUAUGUUGAUUACUUAAAUUAAUAAUAAUGAGUAAGAUUAUGCUUUUUAAAGUAUAAUAUAAUAUAAAUCUGAAAAAAAGAAAAAAAAAAGUAAGAUAUUAAAGGAUGAAAAUAAAAUUAGUAUAGAUUUGAAUGGAUUUCUUAAUAUAUGGUUUCCCUAAAAACCUAAUCUAUUUAAUGAUAUAAUGAGAAUUUUAACUGCUAAACCAUGA